GGGAACGCGCACAGUGUGUGCUCACACUACACUCUCAGCACAGUGAACCACAUGGUUGCGUGUGUGGGUGGGACUGAAAAGAAAUCCGCGUUUUUGUUGACACGAGAUGAGACGCUUUUCUUAUGUCAGUUGGAUGCGGACGUUGUUCUUUUGUGUGAACUGAUCUGUGUAACAGUAUAACAUAAAAGUCACAUUGAUCAGGCCAUGCGCUUACCACUUAGUGGAGUAGGUUACUACUUUUUUUAUGGAUUACAAAGCUAAAUUAACCUGCGGUGACAGAGACAAUGUCUCGUCCGGAAAUCUAUACAUGUCUGCGGCAAUGUUCUCGGCGGGAGUUCUCGGAAAUGUAAUCGCCUUGGUCCUUUUGGAGAUGCGGCGCCGGAGGCAAAGUCCAUCCCUUUUCCAGGUGCUGGUGACCGCGCUGGUGAUUACGGACCUACUGGGUACCUUCUCCGUCAGUCCUCUCGUACUAGCCUCCUAUACACAAAACAGGACCUUGAUGGGUAUGGGUGAAAACGGAGCAGUAUGCAACUAUUUUGGGUUCAGCAUGACUUUUUUCAGCCUCGCCACUUUGGCCAUUCUGUGUGCCAUGGCUUUGGAGCGCUACCUCUCCUUUGGACACCCGUAUUUUUACGAACGGCACUUGAGAAAACGCUGCGGAUACAUCACCAUUACACUCAUCUACCUGAUCUGCAUCCUUUUCUGCCUAGCACCUUUCGUGGGCUUUGGAAAAUACGUUCAAUAUUGCCCGGGGACUUGGUGCUUCUUUGACAUGGUCCCAUUAGAAACCAAACCAAAAGUAUACGUCGGUGUGUAUGCGUCAUUGACUCUCAUCAUGAUUUCUACCACAGUGAUCUGUAACUUAUCUGUCGUCUACCACUUAAUUAUGAUGUAUAGGAGGUGCAAAGCGCGUGUUUUAACGCGACGGAUACGGUUCUACCAAAGAUCCCUCUCUAUGACGGAGGAAGUGGAGCAUCUUCUGCUUUUGGUGUUCAUAACGGUGACCUUUGUCAUCUGUUCGUUUCCUUUAGUGCUCCGUGUGUUCAUCAACUUCAUGGGCAGGUCAAAUGAGAGCUAUGGCACUGAUCUCGCUGCUCUCCGCCUGCUGUCCUUCAACUCCAUCAUCGACCCCUGGCUCUUCAUCAUCCUCAGCCCCUCGGUGCUGCGCUUCCUCUGGAGGAAGCUGACACUGUGUAAGCCCCAGAGGCCCCCUGAGGCCCCCACAUUCCCACGGGAAAAGGCUUUCCCCGUUGGGCCAAAACUCUCACUGCCAAACCCACCCAUGGAGCUCCAGAAUGAGGAAGUGCAGAGAGUGGACAAGACAUAAUUUCAUGCAUAUGGAAUCAGGGGCCAAUGAGCAGGAGCCUAAGUGGACACAGGAAGUGACUUGACAGACUAGACAUGCACUGGUUGAAGGGACCCCCUUACACAGUAUGUACUUGCAAAUAAACAUUUAGUGAGGUGCAGCAUUUUCACUUAUUCACCUCAUGACAGGAGGCUGGAAUAGAUUGAGGAAGAUAUCAGAGAUGUGGAAGGCUGUGGUGCUGCUGACAUGUUAUACCCACACAAUAUGGAUUUGGGAUUUGGAACCGGACUUAGCAUUUUGAUGUGUCUACUUAUUUCAUUGCUUCAUUAUAUUUAUAUACAAACUUUAUGAUCAGAAAUGUAUAGGACUGAAAUGUUAAUUUGACCGAACUCCUCCUGGACGAAAGGGUCCAGUAUUUACUGUAUUAAUAAAAGUCAAUAAACAUAAUCUAAUCUUAAACCA